UGUGCUGAUAUUAUGUAAGUCUUGACAAUAGACUACGGUUCUCAACAUGGCUCAUGAGAUUGAAUCAUGACGCAGUUUGGUUCUAAUAAAGACACCUGUAAACAUUAACCUCCAAGCCUCCGUAUCAUGACUUCUACAGUAGAACCAUUACCAAAAUAUAAUAUGGUGUCAGGUCUUCCCGAUCAAGGACAGAUGUUGACUUCGAGGGAGGAUAGAACCCAGGAAUAAACAGGUGCAGGAUUUCCAUUUUUACGCCAGAUUGAAGGGCUCAGUCCCGUGUGUGCAAACUGUGUGUAUGUGGCUAUGAGUGCGUACAUGCGUCGGCAUAUUUUAACUCGGUGAAAUUGCUUGUCUCGUUAGUUUGACUAGGUUGUAAAGAUACCACAAUAGUAAAUAAGAGGUUAAAGCAUUGUUCAGAGAGAAACAAAUAAGAAACCAUGGCAACAAAUCUAAGUCAACCACAGCCAUUGGAGCUGACAGGAAACUUAGCAGAAAAUUGGAAACGUUUCAAACAAAGAUUUGAAUUGUAUAAUGUGGCCAGUGGAAUGUCAAAGACAGAAGAAAAAGCACAAACAUCCAUGCUCCUACAUGUCAUAGGGGAAGAAGCUCUUGACAUUUACAAUACAUUCCAGUUUGAGGAAGAUACCGGAGAUGAGAUGAAAUUAGAGAAAGUGCUAAAGAAAUUUGAGAACUAUUGCAUGCCAAAACGUAAUGUAACAUUUGAGAGACACAAAUUUUUCACACGGUCACAACACAAAAAUGAAACAACAGAUCAGUAUGCAACUGAAUUGCGCAAUAGAGCUAAGUCUUGUGAUUUUGGUGACUUAAAGGAUAGCCUCAUUCGUGAUAGAAUUAUCUGUGGAAUUGUGAACUCCAUGGUCAGGGAACGCCUAUUGAGGCAAGAUGAUUUGACGCUGGAUAAGACGUUACAGUUGUGUCGUUCUGCUGAAACUACUCGAGCUCAGGCAAAAGAGCUGAGUUCCACGGAUGAAGUCUCGGUUGAUGCUCUUGGGAGUAGGAGAAAGUUGUUUCACGGUAAUCAAAGACAAAAUCCAAGGCAAAGUCUAGGUCAACAACAAACUCAAAGGCCAUAUCGAAGUCAAAAUCAGACUCAAGGUCAGAAAUCUAGAAAUAGUUGCGGUCGUUGUGGAAACUGGCAUGGUCAAAAUGCAUGCCCUGCUCAAGGUCAAAUUUGCAAAAAGUGUGGUCUUGGAAAUCAUUUUGCGAAGUGUUGUAAAACUCCAAUGAGUAAAGUUAUCAACGAGAUGCAAAAUCUCGAGGUCGAAGAUGAGUUCAUGGUUGAUGUUGUAGAAACAUUAGAGUCUCGUGAUGAGUGGAAGGUCAAGCUAGUUGUCAAUAGUAGGCCGGUUAUUUUCAAGUUAGAUACUGGUGCUCAGACAAACCUCCUUCCAGAAUCAGUGUAUCAGAGUUUGAUUCCCAGGCCAAAGCUGCAUCCAGCUAGAGUGAGAUUGACAGGCUACAGUGGAGUAGUAAUUCCAGUAAAGGGUCGUUGUUAUGUACAAGUGGAGUACAAAGGUUUAACUCACAAUAUGGCUGUUCUAGUAACUCCUGGUGAUCGUCAACCAUUGUUAGGCUUACAAGCAUGUGAGCAAUUGAAGCUUGUAAAGAGAGUCUUGAAUGUCAAAACAGAAUCAAAGAAUGUAAUAGUAGAUGACUAUGAAGACGUGUUUGAAGGGUUAGGAUGUGUUCCUGGAAAGCAUCAUAUCACGCUAAAAGAAAAUGCUCAACCUGUACAACAUGCAUGUCGAAAAAUUCCAUUUCCACUGCGAAAUCAGCUCAAGGAUGAGCUAGAUAAAAUGGAACGACUUAAAGUUAUCACACCAGUGGAUGAACCAAGUGAUUGGGUGUCGUCGCUCGUGGUGGUGAUGAAGAAAAACAAUCAGCUUCGAGUAUGUCUCGAUCCAAGAGAUCUAAAUAGGUCCAUAAAAAGAGAGCACUACCAGCUACCAUCAAGAGAGGAAAUAACAGCACAGUUUGCAGGAGCUAAGUACUUCAGCAAAUUAGAUGCGUCCUCAGGUUUCUGGCAGAUAGAGUUAGAUGAGGAAAGCUCAAGGCUAUGUACUUUCAUAACGCCAUUUGGGAGAUACAGAUUUCUCAGGUUACCAUUUGGGGUCUGCAGUGCGCCAGAAGUGUUCCACAAGGUUGUGCAUAAUUUGUUCGCACACAUACCUGGUGUCAACACAAUGAUGGAUGACAUAGUAGUAUGGGGGUCAACCCAACAGGAACAUGACACCAGACUGAAACAGGUCCUUGACAUAGCUCAGAAAGCAAAUCUGAAACUCAACAGAGACAAAUGUGAGUUCAAUGUGAGCCAAAUGACAUUCAUUGGCGAUGUGAUCAGUGAACAAGGUGUUCAACCAGAUCCAAAGAAGGUUGCAGCCAUAUUGAACAUGGAAAGACCACAGAACAAGCAAGAUGUUCAAAGGUUCUUAGGUAUGGUUAACUACCAAGGAAAGUUCAUACCAGAUUUAUCCACAAAGUCAGCCCCGCUGAGAAGUCUUCUUGAGAAAAGAAAUGAGUGGAUGUGGCAAGAUGCACAAGAAAAAGCUUGGUGUCAACUCAAGGAAGCUCUGACACAAGAACCAGUGCUCCAUUUCUAUGACAGCACAAAGCCGACGAAGCUAUCAGCUGAUGCAUCCAAGAAUGGACUAGGUGCAGUGCUACUGCAACAACAUGACCAGAAUUGGUUCCCCAUUGCUUAUGCAUCGAGAGCAAUGACUGAUGCAGAAACUCGCUACGCGCAGAUAGAAAAAGAACUGCUAGCGAUGACGUCUGCAUGUGAAAGAUUUCACCAAUACAUACAUGGACGACAGGUAGAAGUCGAAACAGAUCAUAAACCUCUUGUACCAUUGUUCAAAAAAUCACUCUGUGAUUGUCCUCUUCGCAUUCAACGCCUACUAAUCCGAGUGCAGAGAUACGAUUUGAAAGUAUCCUACACACCAGGAAAAUACAUGUACACCGCAGAUGCAUUGUCUAGAGCGGUAGAUCCACAGGCAGACAUGCAGGUCGAAAGAGAAGAAGACAUCAGAAUCUAUGUAGACACAAUAAUGGAGACAUUACCAGUCACAUCAAACAGAAAAAGUCAGUUUGUAGAUGAAACACAGAAAGACAAAACACUACAAGAAUUGAUAGGCAUCAUCAAAGAUGGAUGGCCUGAAACAAAACAACAAUGUCCAGUAGCAAUUAGAGCAUACUGGAACAUUAGAAAUGAGCUGUCAGAAGCCGAAGGCUUAAUCAUGAAAGGCAGCAGGAUCGUUGUACCAAGCACAAUGAAAAAACAGAUGUUGGAUAAGAUCCAUGAAGGACAUUUGGGCAUAGAAAAAUGCAAGAGACGUGCAAGAGAAGUCUUGUAUUGGCCCAGAAUAAAUCAAGACAUAACAGAAAUGGUACAAAAUUGUAACUCAUGCUUGAUGUAUAAACCAAAACAACAGACAGAAAGUCUGAAACCACACACGGUACCAAACAGACCGUGGGAAAAGAUCGCUGCAGACUUGUUCACACUGAAUAACAAAGAUUACAUGGUAAUAGUAGAUUACUAUUCACAAUUCAUUGAAGUCUGUCCACUGUCAACAACAACAAGUAAAACAGUGAUAACAAAAAUGAAAGAAGUCUUUUCAAGACAAGGCACACCAAGUGAACUCGUGACGGAUAAUGGUCCGCAAUUAGCUAGUAAAGAGUUCAAAAACUUUGCACAAGAUUGGGACUUCUGCCACACAACAACAAGUCCGUAUCAUCCUCAGUCGAACGGACUAGCAGAGAAUGCAGUGAAAAUUGUGAAGAAUCUCAUCCGCAAAUGCCAAGACAGUAGACAAGAUGUCUACAGGGCACUACAAGUCUACAGAAGCUCACCACUAGAAUGUGGAAAAUCGCCAGCUGAACUCCUGUACAACAGGCGAUUGAGAUCAAACCUGCCCAUGGUGGACAAACUUCUUGAUCCACAACACAUCAAUCCUCAACAGGUGAGGGAAAGGAAGGAAGGGCAGAAGGUAAAGCAGAAAGAGCGAUAUGAUAAACAUGCUCGAGACCUACCAGAACUAAACAUAGGUCAGACUGUAAGACUUCAAAACAUGCACAACAAUCGAUGGUCACAAAGUGGCAUCGUCAAAGUCAAACUGCCAAACAGAUCAUAUUUGGUAGAGACAGAGUAUGGAGAGAUUAGACGAAGAAACCGACGUCAUCUCAGACCGGCACCCACACGAAGGGAUGAUCGGUUCCAACAGACAACACAGACGGACAGCGAUCCAGAUGACGAGGAUGUUAGCGAACCAACCCCUGAGCGUUCCGGCGUACCAGCCCAGCAAGCAUCAUCCUACAUGACCACCAGAAGUGGACGAAUAAGCAAACCGCCAAAUCGAAUGGACUUGUGAAAUAAUCACAAAAACAAAUUGAACUAUGAACAAUGAAAAGCAAAAGGACUAUAUUAACAAAAGCUGAUAAUAUCAAGAAGAACUGAAAGUGAAAGUUACACUUUGCCUUUAAAAGGACAUUAUAUUAUAUUGUUAUGAAUGUUUUAACAUUAACUGUAUAUAUGUUUUUUGUUAUAUCCACAGAUACUUGGAAGAUAUCAAGAUUGGAUAUCGUUAAGUUAUGUUCAAGCUCAAGUUAAAGCUUAAGUGUGUUAAUCACUGGAUUGAAAAGUUAUUGGAAAGAAAUAACAUACAAAAGAAAUGUUGCAAAAUAUUCUGAAUGCAUGGUCAAAGAAACAACUCACAAAAUCAUUUAUUUCUUGAAAAGUAUUUGAAACAGAUCAAAACAAACCCAACGCUCGCCAUAUAUGCAUUGUUUCCAGAUUUGGAAAACAUAUUGAAACCAAAAUUAAUAUCCAGCGAUGUGUUCAAAAGUAAGUGUUAAAAAUAAUGUGUUAUGUUAUUUCUGUGGAAAAAGAAUGUAACCCUUCUUAGAAAGGGAGAUGUGCUGAUAUUAUGUAAGUCUUGACAAUAGACUACGGUUCUCAACAUGGCUCAUGAGAUUGAAUCAUGACGCAGUUUGGUUCUAAUAAAGACACCUGUAAACAUUAA